AGACUUAUAUACAUAACAUUGGAUACUGAAUUAAAGUUUAUCAAGAAAAAUCGUGAGAAACACUACAGCUUUAAAAGAUGUCAAACCUUGAUUGGAUAGAUUCAUUUCCCAAGACAUGCAGGUCAUUGCUUUCUGUACACAAGAUUUGCCAGAGUGUGUUAGAAAACAUGUUGAAGGAGGUGAAUGCUGAUUUUAAAUGGCUAGAGGAAAUAGUUCAAGUGGCUCAUAAUAUGUUUUCAGUUAAAAGUAUGGUUUUAAUUCCAAUGCCUAAAACACCUUGUCAAAAACGCAGACAGAAAAGGGUUAAAAACAAAGUUGAAGAAAAAUAUGCUAAUUUCCAACCAUCAUCUGAUUUACAGGAAGAAAAUGGAUUAAAAAGAUGUGAAAAUUACGGAGAGCCCAUUCGUCCAGUUCGUAAAUGUAGAACUAAUGCAAAACAUGAGCAUGUUUUUGAUGGUGUUCCACAAAGAACUUCACAUUUGGACUCAGCUGUUUUGAAGUGCACUGCACCUAACAAGAAUCACCUUGACAACAAAGAAAAUCUUUGUGUGGAUCUUUUUGGAUGUUCCAGUUUAAAGAAUGAAAUGCACAUAACUUCCAACAAUGGUGAAGCAUUUAACAGCUCAUUUGUAUUGGGCAAGAAAUCACCUCAAAAAUCUGAAACUGACUGCAAAUCUUUAAAAGAGUGGACAGAUAAUGUUUCUCCAGAAAAAUCAUCCCGUGGUUUAAAUAAUAAUGAUUCCUCACAUCCAACAAGUGACAUAUAUGAUAAACAUUUAAGAGUUGACACAACCGAAAAAUUGAAAUCUGAACUCCAAGAUGAAAGUUUGUGUAGCCACAAACUGCCUAAUAUACUUGACGAAACACAAAUAAUCGUAAAUGAAGUUUUUGAACUUUGUGGUGAUCAUAAGCCUGCUAUGCUGAAGGAGUAUGAAAUAGUUAAAGUUAAAACCACUCCUGUCACUGCUGCACUGGUUAAUAAGAAUAUUACUCAACAAGUUACUAAAAAUGAAUACUCAGCUAGUAGCAGUAUUUCUAUUGAUGGAAAUGUUAAUACAGGUACUGGAAAAAAGAAAAGCAAUGAGUAUCAAGACACAGUUUAUGCAGAGGAAAUAAUUUCAUUUAAUGAUUUAAAGGAAGUUUCAAAUAGUACAGUAUCUCUGGCAGAGUUAGCUGUUUCUUCUGAAACAUUUUGCAAAACAAAAACGCAACUUUCAAAAGAAAGAAAUUCUUUAGAUAAACAAGGUCCAAGUACUCGAACUAGAACGAAACAAUCUCUCAAGCCAAAAGAAGACCCUGGUACUGUCCAUGUGCAAAACAACCAUCGGUAG